CAGGCCAAUGCUCAGUAACUCUUUUGUUCGCCAAAGCGUCCCUUCACAUUGCUACAUGCCUGACUGGAGACAGUACCCGCUAGCACCUACUUUAUAUCAAGACAGAGACUGUAUACUUCCUAAACACUGAGGGCUGAAAAAAAAGGAUUCUUUGUCAAUAACUGAUCUGUAACAAAGAUGACCUGGGACAUUCUUAUAGCAACUAAUUCCUCUCAAAGCACUUCUGGCAGGCCUCAUGGUGACGAGUCCAGUUGAGCCAAGGGAUUCUCAUUAAUACCUCGACUGCAAAAGGCUUUCAUUGUCAGCUGAAACUCGAGAGCUGCGAGCGGACACCUGAGCACCAGGGGGAUGACUCUCCGCAGGCCAGCUGCCCGCCUGAGAAGAGGUCCGGGCUGGAGGAGAUCAGGAGAUGAGUCCUACUGGGAGAGCCUGAUGGGAGAGGGCGAUCAUCUGCCCAGCGUUUCGCACCCCGCUUCACGUUCACGCCGGCCGCAGAGCGCCAUCGAAGGAGGCCAGUUGGACAGGUGGCUGGAGCACCUGCAGGAGUUAGAGAGCAAGCUUAGAGCGCCGGUUCAGAAUCAGGCUGCGGCUUUCAAUGAUCAGGCAACGUACAUGCCUUUUGUUAACCAAGAGGCGACCGGACGGGCCUGCAGACACGUGGGCUUCCCCUUCUCCAGCCGGGGCUCAUCCUCAUGUGGGAGUUCGAGCUUAUGCGAGAGUUCGCUGGGCAGCCUGGAGUCCCUCCAAACCGGGUUUAUUUCCCCCCCAGAGCGCAGAGAAAGCUGGGAGAGGGCUCACAUCAUGCAGGCCCCAAGGAAGGAACAAACUCAACUCAGUUACCUCGCUCCAGUCAAAAUUGGAUGGCUGCCGAUCCAGAGAAGAGUAAUGAUGGUGGCUGAUACGAGCAACCAAAAUCAGUCUUUGGACCAUUCUGCUGGCCACGUGAAGCUGAAACAACCCAUCACUCCAACGUUUCAAAACAAUCGCGUAACACCCAAGGCGCAGGACGGAGAGUCGGAGAGGAGUCCCACCGGUCCAGGUGCUUUGGGUGUGAGGACGUGGCAAACCCCAGACCAAGGCUCUGCUAUUAAUAAACAGGUCCCAGAGAAACGUAGCUUUCCUGCUAACGAAGCGGACAGACCUGGCGGCUGGCAAGCUCUGAGGAGAGGCUGGACUACCAACAGGGUGUCAGGUUUUCCUGGAGGCGGUAAGCCCGACGAUCCCCCCACCGGGACUCACUCGGACCCCAACAGGAAGUCCCCUCUGAUCAGAACAACCAGCAACACAGAGCCCCUCAGGCACUCUCCUCUGUGUCGUACCACUUCUGCUGAUCCCUGCAGAACACAAUCUUUGCUCCGAGGGGCAAACGCCACAGAGGCAUGUAAGUCACACGCUCCUUUGCAAAGGACGAGCAGCGCUCAGCCUGUAAAGGCGACGGCCUCUCUGUGUGGAGCGAACAACCGUGCACAGCUUUCGCGCAUACAGACGAGUUCUGCGGCGGCCACGCUCGUCCCCCAGAACAAAGCCGGCUUCUCCUCCAUCACCAUCUCCUCCAGGAAAGUGAGCAGGUCGGCCAGUCUACCCGGCUCCCAAACCUGCAGCGUCUCCUCCCGGUCCAGCGAGUCUCCUUCUCCGCCCGCUCUCGACCACCAGCCCAUGGACCCGAGCUCCAGACAGGUAAUGGUGCAAAGGAAGGCCACGAUAGUUAAGGUGACGGAGAAAAAGGUGAUCUCCAGUCCCGCUCCGAGCAGAGACAGGACCAGGAUGGCACCUGCUGACCAUGCGUUGGACACGGUGGUCCACAGGCGAAAGGCCACCAUCAUUAAAGUGACAGAGCACAGUGAAAGCUACAGGCCGAGGUCAAGACACCCGGAGUACAGACACAGCUACACGGAGGGAGCGUAUCAGGACAGAAGCGCAUGGAGUCAGGGAAACCAUGCGGGAAGUCAUGCAGAACCUUCAAAUCACAUUGUGAAUUCUGGGCCAAAUUCUACUGUAAAUGCUUUUACUUCAGAACAAGACAGAAAUGGUACGCUACACAGAUCAACGCUGAGUCUCUUUGUAAGCAACCCACCCGCCAUCGCAGCACCCUCUUCCUCAGAGGUUCCUCCAAAGGGGGUUGGACAGAGAUCGGUCAGGCCACACAGACCACUGAGCUGCUAUGGCAGUGUGACUGGAAACGCGGAGCCAAGCAAGGAGAAUGUGACACAGCCGGUUGCCAGGAAAUGGAGCUUAGGGCUUCCACAAGAGACCAAUAACAACCCUGUGAACUUCAACAGUAGUUUCAUCAGCCCUGGGAGAGCAGUGAAAGAAGCAGGUCAGCCAGUGGCAGACACCCUUAAAUCAGACGAAAAAGAAAUAUUGCCAGCACCCGAGGAUGCAAUGAGGAGAGCCUCCGCCUCUCUGACUCUCAUCACGGCCCCCGAUCCCGGCUCCCGUCAGUCUCAGGAGGAAGUGCUUGCCCUCAAUGCGGCUGCGAUCAUAGCAAAUAUCAAACUCCAAAGACAGCUUACUAAGAAGAAAAAGCCAAAUGGCGAUUCUGAGAAGGACUCUGCUGCAUCACCCCAAGGGAAUUCUGUGACCGAUGAGAGGAAAUGUAUGAGGCCACACUUUGAUCAGAGCCAGGCCCGACACCACAACCAGCCUCGCGCUGCAUUCGUCCAACUGAGUCUGGGCGCCGAAAGGUCGGCUGAACCCGUUUCUCUUCAGGAAGCGCUGCAGAGGUCCAGACCGGGCUUCAUCAGUCGGUCCCAGGGCAGAGUGCGCGAGCUGGAACGGAGGGCGCAGGAGAGGAGGGAGCUGUCCGAUUCGGCAGAGCCACGGUCGGACGCCGCGCUCAGGCAGAGGGGAGCCCCCGGCGCCCGGUCCACCUCUCUGAACGGUAACCUUUUCAGAAGCAGAGACAGAGCCGUAACUGGAAAGGAGAUGCAGCAGCCGAGACCCAAGCGCACGCUCGCAGAGGUGAAGAGGAAAAAGGAUGAAGAGAUGAAGAGGGCCGUGUGUUUGAGCAACAGGCAGCGAGUAGAACUCUUCAAAAAGAAGCUGCUGGCUCAAGUUCUUCAAAGGAGCAACAGCUAAAUGAGCGGAGGAAGACGGCGACCUCACCGAGCCCCUUUUUACAGCGCCGAACAUGAAUUAAAAACCAGUAAAGCUUACGAUAUAGCCCUGGCUGUCUUCAGCUCUCGUUUGUUUCCCUUCUUUAUGGCUGUUACACUGGAGUUAUGAAGCUUAACAUCUGUUUUUCUAGGAGAUAAAUCCAGGGCAGGCUUUCAAAAAAAAAAAAAAUCGGACAUCAUUUACCGCUGUUUUGAAGGAUUUUCCAGAACCUUCAAGACUCUUCUCUCCAUCUGGAUGAAAUAUAUACACUGUCUUCCUAUUCACAAUAAAAAAAAAAGACUUUAAA